AUGGAAGGACUUGGGUUAGGACUCGCGGUGGUGACCACAUUCAAAGAGCUCUACCUUAUCUCGAAAUUCAUCCAUCGGGUCAUCGUAUCCGUACGGAACAGCAAGGCUGAGCGGCAGGAGCGAGAACAGGAGUUUUACCUCGAGCUCUUGUAUCUGCAAAGUUUCGGGCAUCUGAUCAUUACGAAUGAUGGGAUCAUGAAGGAAGGCCCCUUGAAUACUCAAUGGCUACAAGAAGUCUAUUCGAUCCUGGAGAGGCUUCGCCUGCAAUGUGGCGAUUAUGCGAAACUCGCUCUGGCCCAAGAUGUCGAUUAUCAAACCUAUUCUCCAUACCUCCACAAUUCCACCGCGACGUCGAAGCUCAUAGAAUUCCCACUUGAGAUCCCUGUGGAGGACAUCUCCAAUGCCGGGCCGUUGAACUUCCAUCUCAAUGGACGGAAGAAAUUUGGCUUUGCAUGGCUCAUGCCGUCACGGUCGACAACAAACUGGGAAUCAUGGAAAUGGGCAUUGUUCGAGCGGCGUAGGUUUGAAAGGUUCCUUCAGGAGUUUAGAAAGUGGACAUCAAAGAUCAAGGAGCUUGUACCUCUGAUGUUGGCACUGCACCCUCGCUACGAUAGCUCGGCCGCGUUGGAAAGUCUCAUCUCCAAUGAGCAUUCCAACCGCCUGGGCAUGGCACCUCAUGCCCGCCUACGCAAACUGACCAUCGAGCCCGCCGUUGAUCAAACAAAUUUCUUCCUCGAAAAUGCCUCGCUGGAUGCCCAUUUGGACCGUGAAUGUCUGAUUAUGGCAACUCUCUCGAGCACUUCGUCUCCAUCAGGCGAGAAGCCGGAACCGGUACUGGUUGAAUAUAAGAAAUAUGGAGAAGAUAAUGCGGAUGCAAGGCCCGAUACGGUAACCGCAGACCGCGUCCAACAGCUAGCCAGCCUACUGUCGUCGGCGGGAAAAGACGACCUCCGCACUCUUAACUUUCGUGGCAUCAUUGAUCAGCCGCAGCAAAGUCGCUAUGCGUUCAUCUUCAAUUUCCCUAUCAAGGCGGCUGACUUGGAGCCAAUUUCGUUGUACGCGCUGAUGGACUCCACCGCGGGUUCAAUUUCACGACUGACAUUGCCUCAACGAUUCCGGGUCGCCCAAGAUGUGACGCGAGCAAUAUCGGCAUUUCAUGUUGACGGGUGGGUCCACAAAUCGAUCCGGAGUCAGUCGAUUAUCUUUUUCCAAGACAAAGCUGCUCCCUCAUCUCGACUCUACGCCGAUCCAUUCCUGGUUGACUUUGAAUUCGCACGACCCCAGACAGCGGAAACGCAAUACACUUUCGACAACAUCCUGGAGAAAAACCUCUAUCGACAUCCAGAUCGACAAGGCCCACCUACCGUCAGCUUCCGGAAGAUGCAUGACAUUUAUAGCCUCGGUGUGGUGCUGCUGGAAAUUGGACUCUGGCAAACGGCCAUGAGUAUCCACCAGAAUGCGACGAGGAAACUCAAGGCCGGUGUCACGAUGAACCCGCGUGCGAUGCAGAAUCUCUACCUGGAGAUAGCGAAGCGGCGACUGCCGCAUCACAUGGGCCCGGCCUAUCGGGAUGCCGUGGUGAAAUGCCUCUCUUGUGAGGCUACCGAUGAUGAUAGUCGUCUAGCGAUUAUUUUCUAUGAGGAAGUUGUGCAGAAUAUUGACCCGACUAAGCUUCAGUAG